AUGGAGAAGCAGUCUGAGAGCGCUUCGUGUACCGGGCUUCUGGGGGAGAAAGACCAACCCAAGAUCCAAGGAGAGAGGCAACGAGGGAAACAUAAACUGUCUGUGUACAGUAAGAUAUGUUUUGCCAUUGGUGGAGCUCCAUAUCAGAUCACCGGAUGUGCCCUAGGAUUCUUCCUGCAGAUGUACCUCCUUGAUGUAGUACAGUUGCCUCCCUUUAAGGCUUCCAUUAUCCUCUUCACUGGAAGGGUGUGGGAUGCUAUCACCGACCCUUUGGUUGGGUUUUUUGUCAGUAAGAGCACAUGGACGCCGUUUGGCCGACUGCUGCCAUGGAUAAUCCUGUCCACACCCUUUGCUGUCAUCUGUUAUUUCCUCAUCUGGUUUGUGCCUGACAUCUCCACUGGUCAGCUGGUGUGGUACCUAACCUUCUACUGCCUUUUCCAGACCCUUGUGACGUGUUUUCCAUGUCCCUUAUUCAGCUCUUACAAUGUUCAUCAGCAAAGAGCAAAGUGACCGUGACUCUGCUACAGGAUACCGUAUGACUGUGGAGGUCCUGGGAACUGUACUUGGCACAGCAAUUCAAGGACAGAUUGUGGGUAACGCGGAUACCUGUGUGCCUAACUCCCUUCAGGCUUCACCUUUCAAUACUUCUGUGGCUUCGGUAGAGGAAUCCAUGGCUCCAGAAAACUCUGUGUCUAUUGCUAACACAAGAGAUGCCUACAUGAUUGCAGCAGGUGUCAUAUGUGCCAUCUAUAUACUAUGCGCUGUCAUACUGUCACUUGGUGUACAGGAAAAAAGAGAUUCCUGUGAACUUCUCUCUGAACAGUCAGUAUCCUUUUGGCAGGGCCUGAAACUUGUUAUGAGCCACAGACCAUACAUUAAACUGAUCACUGGCUUCCUCUUCACAUCAUUAGCUUUCAUGCUUCUGGAAGGAAACUUUGCCUUAUUUUUGAAGUACACACUUCAGCUGCGCAAGGACUAUCAGAAUAUUCUGUUGGUUAUAAUGAUUUCUGCUACACUGACAGUUCCUUUUUGGCAGUGGUUCUUAACUCGCUUUGGGAAGAAAAUUGCAGUCUAUAUUGGGAUAUCGUCCGUUAUCCCCUUCAUGAUUGUUGCUGGCGUUGUAGAAAUCAACCUUAUUGUAACAUACGUGUUUGCAGUAGCUGCUGGACUCAGUGUGGCUGCAGCCUACCUCCUACCAUGGUCUAUGCUUCCUGAUGUUAUUGAUGAUUUUAUUCUGAAUAACCCAGAGUCUCCAGGACAUGAAGCCAUUUUUUUCUCUUUUUAUGUUUUUUUCACUAAAUUUGCCUCUGGGGUUUCGCUGGGAAUAUCGACGCUAAGUCUGGAUUUUGCAGGCUAUCAGGGCCGUUCUUGCUAUCAGCCAGAGGCUGUCAAUCUGACACUGAGGUUGUUGGUCUGUGCUGCUCCUAUAGGUUUGAUUCUUGUUGGACUGUUACUGUUUAAACUUUAUCCAAUCGAUGAAGAAAAGAGGAAAGAAAACAAGAAAGCUCUACAACUUCUCAGAGAGAAUGAUCGAGACUCUGAUUCUGACUCAAUUGAACUUGCAAGUAAUUUAUGA